AUGGCAUUAACAAAGGAUUCGUUUGAACAGAUUAAGUGGCUUAUCACAGCUGCCUGGUGGCUGCUGAUUGUUUUUUCAGCACAAGAAAUUGAUGGGGGAGGAUAUGCAUAUAUUCACCCAUGUGGGGAACAGGAUUGUUCAGUUUGCCGGUGCUUUCCAGAAAAAGGAUCAAGAGGUCAGCCUGGUGAGCUCGGACCUCAAGGUCCAAUUGGGUCCUUGGGAUCUACAGGACCAGCUGGUCUGCCAGGGGAAAAAGGACGGAGAGGUGAGAAUGGGCAGCCUGGGCCAGCUGGAGAAAAAGGUGAUAAGGGCCCAACUGGAGUCCCAGGAUUUCCAGGUUUAGAUGGUGUUCCUGGUUUACCAGGAAGUGAAGGACCCAGGGGCAAGCGUGGUUUAGACGGCUGCAAUGGCUCAAGAGGAGAUCCAGGAUUUCCAGGAGAAAAUGGUUAUAUUGGACCAAGAGGUCCUUACGGAAAUCCAGGGCAAAAAGGAGAAAAAGGAAAUUCAGUGUAUGUUUCACAGUUUGGAAAAGGACCUCCAGGAGACAGAGGUGAUCCUGGACCCCCUGGCAUGCCUGGACCUAGAGGGUCAAGAGGUACCACAGGCCCAUCUGGAUACCCAGGCCAACCAGGCUUGCCUGGUAUUCCAGGUUACCCUGGUUUGCCAGGUGAACAGGGAAAUCCAGGUAUUGGAGUGGAUGGACAAAAGGGGGAACCGGGCGACAUUGGACUUCCCGGGCCACCUGGGUCACCACUGCUAGUUGGACCUCCUGGAGCUCAGCUGUUCAAAGGAGAAAAGGGCCAAAAAGGACUACCUGGGGUAACAGGAUACAGAGGGCCACGUGGACCCAAAGGUAAUCCUGGUUCUUACGGACCUGCAGGUUUUCCUGGAAUGAAGGGGGAUCCAGGAGAAAAAGGGCCCCCAGGUCUUCCUGGAGCUGUUGGAACUCCGCUGCUUCCUGUAAAAGGUCCACAAGGAGAUCCUGGAUUUCCAGGUCCUGCUGGUGAUGUGGGGGCAGCUGGACCAAUUGGUCCUGCAGGCCUGCUAGGAAGACCAGGAGAUGAUGGAACAAGUCUGCCUGGCCUGCCGGGAGUAAGUGGGGCACCAGGACCCCAAGGUUUUCAAGGUGAUCCUGGUUUCCCUGGAACAGGUGAAUCAAUCCCAGGAAGACCUGGAUUUCCUGGACCACCAGGCCUACCAGGACAGCCAGGAAGACAAGGCUUGCCUGGACUGCCCAGUGUAGUCUGUACUGACAGAGGGAUCCCUGGAGAACCUGGAGCAAAAGGUCAGAUAGGCCUUCCAGGAAGAAAAGGUGAAAAAGGAGAAAAGGGAAAUCAAGGCCUUUGCUCAUGCAGUGCUGGUCCUCCUGGUCCCCGUGGUAUGCAAGGACCUCCAGGUACUCCAGGAAAGAAAGGACAAAUGGGAUACCCUGGAAGACAUGGAGAAAAGGGCGAUCCAGGCUUAUCUGGUGCAAUGGGAUCACCAGGGCUUCCUGGGACACCUGGUUCUGCUGGACAACAUGGUGAAAAAGGAGAGAAAGGUGAUCCAGGAAGAGUUAGAAUAAAAGGACUAAAAGGUGAAAGAGGUCCUACUGGGGUUCCAGGAUUUCCAGGCCAAAGAGGUAAUGAUGGCAGAGAUGGAGAACUAGGACUACCUGGGGAAAAAGGAGCUGAGGGUGAUUCUGGAGUACCACUGCCAGGUGAUAAAGGAUUCCCUGGGAUCCCAGGACUUCCUGGGAUAAAAGGACAGAUGGGAUUGCCUGGUGUGGGGUUUCCUGGCCCACCAGGAGUCAGAGGCAGCCCUGGAGACUUUGGUGAUACUGGUAGUAUUGGGCCACCUGGUCCAAAGGGCCAGAAAGGUGAGACUGUCCGCAUUACAUUACCAUACCCUGGAAAUCCAGGUCCCCCAGGUUUUAAAGGUGUUCAAGGACCAAAGGGUUUAAAAGGACUCCCUGGUCAUCCUGGACCAAAUGGCUUUGAUGGGCAAAAAGGCCAUCGAGGCAGGCCAGGAGCAGGAAUUCCUGGGCCAGAAGGCUUUCGAGGCAAAGCUGGUGAUCCUGGUGAUGAAGGUGAAAGAGGAUCUACAGUUGAUGGUAAAAAUGGCCCUCCAGGUCCACCUGGCAUAGAUGGGCAGAAAGGUGUUCCAGGUGAUACCACGUAUGGUCCUCCAGGCAUCCCAGGCAACAGGGGACUGCCAGGCCGCCCUGGUGCACAAGGAGCAAGGGGUGAUCCAGGCGUUCCUGGGCUUCGAGGACAGUCUGGUACACCGGGAUUUCCAGGUGCCAAAGGUUUUAGAGGCCCAGAAGGUGAUAUAGGAGCACCAGGCUGUCCAGGCUUCCCUGGUCCACCGUGUGACACAGGCUUACCGGGGCCACCAGGACGCAGAGGUGUCAGGGGCCUGCCAGGACCUCAAGGCUUACCAGGCUUUAAAGGUCAGAGGGGAGACAGGGGCCUAGCUGGGCCACCUGGAAGCAAAGGUCUCCAAGGCUCUCCUGGCUCACAAGGUGCCCCAGGCCCUCCAGGCUCCCGAGGAAUUCCAGGACUUCCAGGUGAAAAAGGACCACCUGGUUUCCCAGGACAAGCAGGAAGCAAAGGGAUUCAAGGACCCCAAGGAUUCCCAGGACUCCCAGGAACACAAGGCCCAAUGGGAAUCUCUGGUGUAAAAGGUGAAGAAGGAAAAAUGGGUCCACCUGGGCCUAGCGGAGAAUGCGGGGAUAUGGGAAUGAAAGGUGAAAGAGGGCCUCCAGGAGACAGUGGCUGCGUUAACAUCCGUCUUGAGAAAGGACAAAAGGGGGAACCAGGAUUUCCUGGUGAGAAUGGAUUUAGAGGUGAAAGAGGUGAAAAAGGCAAUACUGGUUUCAGAGGCACCCCAGGAUUUCCAGGGAAGAAUGGUGUCCCAGGACUGCCAGGUGACCAUGGUGACACCGGACUGAUGGGGUUUCCAGGAUCGCGGGGUUUUCCGGGACCAAAGGGCUUUAAAGGAAUUACGGGUUUUCAAGGACAACCAGGUGACCAGGGUGAUGUUGGCUUACCAGGAAUCCCUGGAAAUCCAGGACUGACUGGCCCAAAAGGAUCUAAAGGCAAAAGAGGUGACCCAACUCCUGUGCUUGGUAUACACGGUCGAAAAGGGCCUCCCGGAGAUCCAGGAUUACCAGGACCCUGUGGAUUCCCAGGAGAGAAGGGUUCACCAGGUAUCCAAGGGCAACCUGGAAGAUCAGGAUCCAAGGGUGACCCUGGAUACCCAGGAAUACCAGGACUUCCAGGAGCUACAGGUCCUCAGGGAUUGCCAGGAGAACCUGGAGAAAAAGGGAAACAUGGAAUUUUGGGACCUACAGGAUUGCAAGGAUUAGCUGGAUCCCAAGGCAGAAAAGGUCUUCCUGGACUGCCCGGACUGGAUGGCUUGGAUGGACUAAAAGGUCAAAAAGGUUCUUCAGGAGCUCCAGGUCAAAGCGAAACAGGGCCCCCAGGAUACUCAGGGGAACUUGGACCAAAAGGAGACAGAGGUGAACCUGGAUGGCCUGGUAUUUCUAUUCCAGGCCCCCCUGGAGAAAGGGGAUUCCCAGGAUUCCCAGGUAGAAGAGGACCUGUUGGACCCACUGGACCUAUGGGAAGAUCACCUGACAGUGCUUCUCCUGGUCCUCCAGGUGAUCAAGGACCACCUGGUUUAGAUGGCAUCAGAGGUCAGCCUGGGAAUCCUGGUCCACCUGGAGAGACUGUCUUUGUGCAAGGAGAUCCAGGUGAUAUCGGUAUUCAAGGGGCACCUGGUAAUCCUGGGCAGCGAGGGCAACAAGGAGGCAGAGGUCUUCCAGGGAGCCAAGGAAGAAGAGGCUUAAAGGGUCCUAUGGGAAUCCAUGGCCCACAGGGUCCACCUGGUGCUAUAGGACAACCAGGAGACCAAGGUUUUCAAGGGAAACCUGGUCCCAGAGGUCCCACAGGUACUCAUGAACCUGUUGCUCAUUGUGACCCUGGUGAACCAGGAAAAAUAGAUGAUUCAUGCCCUGCAAUCCCAGGGCCUCCUGGGGAAGCAGGGCAAAGAGGAGAUGAUGGCUCUGUAGGAUUACCAGGGGCAAUAGGCCACCCUGGACCCCAAGGAAGAAAAGGUGAAGAAGGGUCAUGUGGCCUGCCGGGUCAAGAUGGCUUACCAGGGGCACCCGGGCCACCAGGUGACCAAGGGAAUAUAGGAGAGCAAGGGUACGCUGGGCCACAAGGCCCACCUGGCCAGACUGGUAUCCCAGGACCACCAGGCUCCCAUAUUAGAUCUGCAAGUGGAUUCUUGCUCGUCCUUCACAGUCAGUCAGACAGAGAACCACUCUGUCCACAGGGGAUGCCAAAAUUAUGGACUGGCUACAGUCUGCUGUACCUGGAAGGACAAGAGAAAGCUCAUAAUCAAGAUCUUGGUCUGGCAGGAUCUUGUCUUCCUGUGUUUAAUACCAUGCCCUUUGCUUACUGUAACAUCAACCAAGUCUGUUACUACGCCAGUCGAAACGAUAAGUCUUACUGGUUGUCAAGCGCUGCUCCUUUACCAAUGACGCCGCUCUCUGAAGAAGAAAUACAGCCGUACAUAAGCAGGUGUGCUGUAUGUGAGGCCCCAGCCCAAGCAGUAGCAGUUCACAGCCAAGAUCAGUCGAUUCCUCCCUGCCCAGUGAACUGGAGAAGUCUGUGGAUAGGAUAUUCCUUUCUGAUGCACACUGGAUCUGGUGAUCAGGGGGGUGGACAGUCCCUUAUGUCACCUGGAAGUUGCCUAGAAGACUUCAGAUCAGCACCAUUCAUUGAAUGCCAGGGUCAGCGGGGAACAUGUCAAUUUUUCGCCAAUGAAUACAGUUUCUGGCUAACAACCGUGAUGCCUGAGUUGCAGUUUGCAUCAGCCCCCUUGUCAGGAACUCUUAAAGAAGGACAAGAGCAGAGGAAAAAAAUCAGUAGAUGCCAGGUAUGCCUGAAGCACAGCUAA